GCGGGAUGGAGCCAUCGUCGAGCAGAGCUCGCACGAGACACUCGAUCUACUCAGAGGGAGGAGAAACGUCAGCCGGAGAGAGCGGGCAAGAAGUUGCAACAGCAAGACCAGUCGAGGCUCCUUCUAAUGGUGACUUUCAUGCUGCAAACUCCAUGGUUCACUCCAAGAAUUUCUUUCCGUGGGCUGGACAGGCAGAAGUGAUACGAGCAAUGCAGAAAGAUGAUUAUUACACCACACACUUGAAGAAAGCUUUGGCUGAUGCCAUUCAAGCUGUCUUGGGGGCGAGGGCGAUUACCAGGCAUCAAAACGCCAUUGAGAACAUAGCAGGCCUAGUGUACUUCGGUUUGACCACAGGAAGUGCCAAACCUACGCUGGGAGAAGAGUACUGCGAAGUUCGACAGCUUGCUGCUGAUACUGAGACCUCUGCCUCGAGAGCUCAAAGGGCAGCCUUGAUAGUUUGGAAGCUCGUCGUUCCCUACGUUUCCAAAAUAGCUCAAAUGCGAAUCAUUCGCCAGAACAACAUGAGAAAUCUCGAAGGGAGUGAUGGGAGGACGAGGGCUCGAUGGCUGCAUAUGGCUGCCCAAGCGCUUCCGAUGUGCAAUGAAAUAUUCGAGGCGGCAAACCGCCUUCACCUUGCAGCAUUCUACAUGUAUGGAAUGUUUUACAGCCUUCCUCAUAGAUUUGCUGAAAUUCGACACAUCUCGCUUCAAGCAAAUCGCGGUCAUCGAGACUUCAACACGUUGUAGGUUGCAUUUUGAAACGAGUUAGUGAUGUGAAGUUUGUCUUGUUUUCAAGGUACUCUAUCUUGGCGAAGCUUCUUGUAUUCAAAGAAAUUGUGAUCUUAGCCGAUUAUUUAGGUACUAGAGUGAAAUCGCUAGGCAAGGCGGAUGUGCAAGUAUUCCAGCAGGAGGCUGACAGCGAUGAUGUGAGCUCAGCAGAUCCAUCGAAUACCCCUGGAGCGUCGAGCAACAAGAAGAAGUGCAUGCUUUGCUUGAGUUCACGGAGACAUCCGACGGCUACGCAAUGCGGGCACGUAUUCUGCUGGACUUGCAUCUCAGAAUGGUGUGCAAAUAAGCCGGAAUGUCCCUUGUGCAGGCAGCGAAUAUCUCUUUCUUCACUCUUGCGACUUUAUCAUUACACACCUACAUCAGAGUAAAGCUAAAUGGAAGAAC